AUGCCGCCCUCAAUGCUAGCUCCCUCGCACAACCACCAGAGUCCCCAGUCUCGCUCGUCGCAACGAAAGUCCCCGCCCCCACCGUCCCUCAACCUCGACGACCUCAAGCCACCUAUUCUCCCUGCGCCUGCACCUAGCGCCAGCAGUAGCACCACUCCCAACGGCACGGCCUUUGUCUUCUCUUCCUCCCGCCAUCAUCAUGGUCUCGACUCGCAUCCUUUGUCCCCCGUCGCGGGCCCCAGCCAGCCUUCGUCCAACACCAGGACACGCGCCCUCCUCACGCCCUCCCAGCUCGCGCGGCACUCAGAAGGUGCGAUCGAUGCACGCUGUAUCCUCGGCCCCAACAUGCGCGCCGCGGGCUUUGUGCACCUCGCCCAGGCGGUCGCGCAGUCACCCCACCAUCACCCGCCAGGCGUGCACUCCCCGCCCUCGACGCCGGGCAGCAGCGCGAGCCACCACUCGACUCCAGCCGAUCCCCCGCCCUUCCCGCCCAUCAUGUUCGUAAGCUCAUCGUCGGUAACUACGAUGCCAAUGUGGGAGUACCAGCGCAGCAUGUCGUGGCAGAUGAACAGCGUGGAACGUCACACACUGACGGGCCGGGAGGUCAGUAGCGCAGAGAGCCAUGGAAAGGAUGUUGACAUUGGUACGAGGCCCACACUGCAGCCUAGCUAUUCAGGCACUACUGUCUUCAGUCCUGCCUCCCUCUCGGCAUCGCCGUCGUUCUACUCCGCAUCCACACUUGUUUCUCCAUCCCCGACCUCGCCGAAUGUCGCCACUGCAUCUCGGUUAAGGCCCGAAGCAUCGUUCUCUUCGUCGAGAGCUCUGGCUCCUCCACCUCUGGUAUUGAACGAGCUCCGCCCAAAGUCGACCAAGGGCAAGGAAGUAGAUCUCAAGGAGUACCCUUUCCCGCGGACGAUCACGACGACUGUCGUGCCCCCGUCUCCCGUCUCUACGACACCUACGACCGCCACCCCACCAACCUUUGCUUCUCUCUCCUCUCCUCACCACCCGUCUCAUCGUGCGCGACGCAAGUCAAAAGCAAAACCUGCUCGAGACCAGGUAGACCGGGCUAGUUCUUCAGAUGGUAUCUCUCUGGCUCCCACACAUAGACACACACUGAGUCUGACAGAGCUAUGUGAUCUAUCCUGGACAGCGCCCUCAGAUACUAUCGUGCCGACCACCGCAAGUUCUGUAUCUACCCGCUCCGUCUCGCGCGCAAGCUCGCAGGUCACACACUCGACGUCCAGCUCGUCCUCAAGCCGAGACCGCGCGAGGGUGCGCACCAACUCCGAGACUCUAGGCGCGGUAACGGAGGCCGAGAGGGACGCCACCCAGCCUUCCCCGAAGCCACGUCCGCCGCAGUCGCAACGACGUGAACGGGCACAAGGAGCGCAGGAACGGAGCACAUCGCAACUGGAGAAGGAGGCGCUCACUGCGCUUGCGUACGCGCACCGCGAGCGCGAUCGUGAGCACGCGCGGCACGUGGCGGCGGACAGAGAGUCGUACAAGAAACAGCCGAAUGCUGACGUGCUAUUUGUCCGUGUCGUGCUUGUGGCGCGCAACUUGCAGAGGCGACAUUCGUACGCGUAUGCGCAUAUCCCGAAGUACAACGCAAAGGGCAUCAUGGACGACGUGCCCACCGAUGCGGAGACGCUGCUCGAGCCACUCGCGCUUCAAGUCGUUGGUGGCGAGCUCGCAGUAUGGUCGGAGUAG